UCCAGCCGCGCGCCAUGUGGCACGCCCUGCUGCUGCUACUACUGCUGCCGCCUUCCACAGUACUGCGCCCAGGCCGGGCAGAGACUUCCCAGCGCAUGGUCCCGAUCUUCUGGUUCACUCAUCAGGGCCCCUGGGCGAGCGCGAGCAGCACCACCACCAGCUCGCCCUGCGAGGUAACUCCCGCCGCGGCGACCACAGAUUUGAACUUGGCGAACCGCAGCCUGGAGCUCUUGCCCAGCUGCCUGCCCCAUGCGCUGCGCAGCCUCGACGGCAGCCACAACCUGCUGCGCGCCCUGAGCGCGCCGGAGUUGGGCCACUUGCGGCAGCUGCAGGUGCUCACGCUGCACCACAACGACAUCGCGACGCUGCGCUGGGGGCCCGGCGGGCCGGCGGCGCUGCACACGCUGGACCUCAGCUACAACUGCCUGGCCGCGUUGCCGCGAUGCGCCGCGCCCGAGCUGCCCAGCCUCCGCUCGCUGCUGCUUUCCGGGAACCCGCUGCAGGCGCUGCAGCCACAGGCCUUUGCGUGCGUGCCUGAACUGCGGCUGCUCAACCUCUCUUCCACGGCGCUGGGCCGCGGGGCGCCGGCGGCCUUCGCCCAGGCGGCGUUUGCGGGGGCGGCCGGCGCACCCCUGGCCAUAGAGGUCCUGGAUCUGAGCGAUACAUUCCUGGAGCGUGUGGAGUCGAGCUGGAUGCAAGACCUGCCAAAUCUCACGCACCUCUACCUGAGACGGAUGCCCAGGCUGAGGACCCUGGAGGGGGACGUCUUCAAGAUGACGCCGCACCUGCAGCACCUGGACUGCCAGGAUUCCCCGGCACUUGCUUCCGUCCACACGGCCAUCUUUGAAGACACUCCUCAGCUCCAGCAUCUCCUGCUGCAGAACUGCAACCUGACGUCCUGGCCGCCUUGGACCCUAAAUUCCUCCCAGGUCCUGUCCAUCAGCCUCUUUGGCAACCCCCUCACAUGCAGCUGUGAGUUAUCAUGGCUCCUCAUGGAUACUAGCAGAACCGUUCUUAGCAGGGCAGCGGACACCAUGUGUGCCCCUGCUGCAGGAUCCAGCGGCCCCUUCUCGGCACCUGUCUCCCUCUUGCAGCUGCCCCGCGUGUGCCAGGCCGACCGAAACACCACCCUUGCUGCUCCAAAUGCCCACUUCUUUGGCGCCACGCAUACCGCAUCCACACAGGGGCCCGCCGCCGCCUCCACUCAGCCUGCAGCGGGCCAGCGGAGCAUUACGAAGGCUUCCUCCCUCUCGGGCACACCCAGCUCCUCAGUGGGGUGCAGCCAAUGCAAUGUACCACCCAGGGCUGCCAGUACAGCCAGAAGUGAGCCCGGAAGAGGAGGAGGGGGAAGGCCUCACACUCCCAGCUCUGCCACUGCCACUCCCCUGUCCAGUAAACCCCCAAGUCCUGUCCCUACUCGGCCAAGUUCCUGGGUCACGCCGCAGCCUCAGCAGAGGACACAGAGUGGCGCCCGGGCUCCCCACCCAAGCCCUUCAGAGGACAAGAGUCCUGUCUUCCUGACGGGCGACUACAGUGAUGAAGAGGAGGAGGAGGAGGGCACCCUGGAGGAGGUGAGGGCGCCUGCCCCCGACGUCUUUUGCGAUUACCAUCCCUGCAGGCAUCUGCAGACCCCGUGCGCCGAGCUGCAGAGGCGCUCGCGGUGCCGGUGUCCCGGCCUCAGCGGUGAAGACGUGGCCCCCGACCCGCCCCUGCUGCAGGCCGUGUCGGAGACGGCGGACACGUGGGCGCUGGUGCACUGGUGUGCCCCCACCUCGGUGGUGCGCACGUACCAGAUCCGCUACUCCGUGGAAGGCCAAGCGGGGAACCAGUCGGUGGUGGCGGACAUCCCCGCCACAGCGCGCCAGCACCUGCUGUACGGGCUCUCGCCGGCCACCACCUACCGCGUGUGCGUGCUGGCCGCCAACCGGGCGGGCCUGAGCCGGCUCCGGGCCGCAGCCCGCAGGAGCGCAUGCACCGCCUUCAGCACCAGGCCCAGCGCGGGGCUCGUCCUAGCAGGGCUGGGCGCUGUCAGCGGCCUGCUGCUCCUUUGUAGCCUCGUGCUAGCCGCGUGCCUGUGCAGGCGGUGCAGGACCCCAGGUGCCCCGCCGCCUCCGGACACGCACCUGGUGGCCUACAGGAACCCGGUCUUUGACUACCCGCUGAAGCUGCAGCCCCUCAAUUAGCCCCCCUCCUCUCCUCCAAAUGGAACCCGAUGGAGCUGCGCACGGGGACCAAGGUGCACAGGAAGAUCCCCAAGCGCCGACUAGCUCAUCGAGAUUGUUCUCCACACAGAGGGACACUCGCCGCCCGUUCUGCCUCUCGUGUAUGGCCAGGGACCUGCUGGGCCACACCACAGCACCGAUCGUCCCAUGGCUGCGGGCAGGCCUGGGUGGCGUGGCGCUUUGGGGCGCAAUAAUGCGAGCCCCGCUCAAAUGUCAGGAAGACUGGAGGCAAGAAGCCAUAGGACCCAGAGAAGGCUAGGAACGCAGCCUCUCCGGCCACGUGGGUCAGCUCUCGUUAUCCUCGUGGGAGUCUGAAGGCUGUUUCUAAGCUGGCUUUUACAGCUUUCCCCCAGCGCUGGGAGGACCAGGCAGCCAUGGCUGUCUGGAAGCUGUUUUCAAUUGGAGGGGAGACCAGCCCGGACCAAAAGCUCUAUCUAGAAGCUAGAGGUCAUCAAGCAAUACCUUAACCCUUUAUGCUCCAGUAACCUGUGUAGAAGACACUUGUAAAAACUUACA